AUGGAAGUCGCCGUUAUCGGUAGUGGGCUCAUGGGCAGCGGUAUCGCCGCGUGCAUCUCUGCGGGUGGUCCCCAUCACGUGCAUAUGUUCGAUACGAGCUCAGAAGCUUUGAAAACUGGUGUUGAGAAUGCUAUCAAUCAACGAGAAUUCCUAAGGGAAAAUCAUGUUCCCCCUACUGCUGUGCCUGGCGAGAUCUAUGCUGCUGAGUCGAUCGAAUCCGCAGUAAAAAACGCCGAUUUUGUUUUUGAGGCCGUACUUGAAGACACUGGUGUGAAACAGAGUGUUUUCAAACAGAUUGAAAAUGCCUGCAAAAAGGAACAUUUUGUGAUGUGCACCAACACUAGUAGUCUUUCCGUUACGGAAAUCGCUUCUAAACUCGACAAGCCUGGACGCCUGUUGGCCGCUCACUUCAUCGGUCCAGCUUACUUGGUGCCUUUGGUUGAGGUCUGCCCUGGUCAGAAAACUGAUGGUGAUGCGGUUGAGAAAGUUGAGAAGUUCUUAAAAAGUUGCGGCAAGAAACCAGCAGUGAUGAAUAAGGAGAUCGACGGCUUCGUCUGCGCUCGCCUACAAGCAGCUCUCUACCGUGAAUGCCUCCAUCUCGUCAAGUUGGGUGUCGCCUCACCCGAGACGAUCGACUCGGUCGUUUACAACGGUUUUGGCCGUCGUUUUAACACGAUCGGACCCUUCCAGCAAAACGACUUUGCCGGGCUUGAUCUCGUUGAGGACACUCAUGCGAGAUUUUUCCCUCAACUCGGAAAGGAUACCCACGAUGAUCGGAGUGAACGGUUGGUCGCUGAGGGUCGACUUGGUGUGAAGAACGGCAAGGGGAAUUACGACUGGUCCGACGCGGAUAUCAAACGCAUUGGUGGUGCUCGAGACGCUGAACUGUUGCGUCGAUUGAAGUUCGAUUUUGAUAAUGAUGAUAAUAACUAA